AUGAAGCCUGUGCUGAUUCUCCAGCUCCUGCUGUCAAUUCACCUGACACCACAGCUGGUGCCUGGGAGUCCCAAGCAACAUUUUAUGAGGUAUGUCUUGGAACCUCCACCCUGCAGAUCGGACCCUGAAAACUGUACUCAAUUUUGUACAUUGCAGGAAGAUUGCCAAAAAGGACUUCAGUGCUGUUCUGCCUUCUGUGGGAUAGUCUGUACACUAAACAAAAAUGUAAAACGCAAAAGGUAA